ACGUGCAGGCAGUAGCUUGUUGAAUGUGUUCUUUGCUACAUGUAGUCAAUAACAGCGUAUUUUAAUGUCAGUACAGAAUACAGUGCAACGAUUAAUGAUUUCUAAUAAACUCCAUAAUAUUUACAGGUUCAUUGGGGAGGAAACGACAAGUGUUACACGGUUUUCUUAUCAGUGUGAGACUUAAAUGUUUACGAAACUUAUAGAUCUGUUGUUAUAUAAAUCGUCAAGAAAAUUGCAAGAGAAAUGUGUUGUGAGUUGUAUCGUGGCAGUUUUACAAGUGUUCUUGGUGAAAGACGACAUGAGAGUUAUUAAUGUCCCAAUGAAAUACACUGGAUGUGCAGAAUAUUAUGUAUUUUAGAUCAGAUGCAUUUUUAAGAAUGCUGAUACUUCUGCUUCUCCUAAUUCGCUGAUUGAUUUGCUCCGUAUCCUGACACGAGUUUCAGAAGAUGGCUACCCGUACACUCGUCAUCACCAGCUCUUCUCCGCUAUUCCUUGGAAUUUUUUCUAAUCGUUCUGCUUCAUGCAGUGAAUACCGGCUCUAAGCAUCUAACUAUCCUCCAGUGAAGGACAGCAGCUGAUCCUCGCUGCCCUAGAUCGGAAGGCAACUUGUAAGUGUAGACAUCGAAAUUCAAGAAUACAGCAGAAUCUACAUUGAAAAUCUAGCCAGAUGCUGAUAUGAAGAUGCCUUCCUUCCAGGCUGUGACAUCGAGUAAUCUGAUUGAUGUUUAUGCUGAAAUUCUCAUGAUGUCCUAUGGCAGUAGCUACAAGACGUGACGGAUGUGAUGUGGCAAUCUUGCUGACAUCGCCAGUAGCCGACAAGCAUGCCGAUAUUUAUGAUACAAGACAUGACGGAAAUGAAGUGGCAGUCUUGCGGACAUCGCCAGUAGCCGAUAAGCAUGCUGAGACUUCUGGUCCUCACACUACUCCUGUCCCUACUCUGCCACAAGAGUUGUGUCGGAAGGGCAAUCAACACAGUUGACACAUCUCAAGGACUCGGCUGGCAGUCCUGGUUGCUUGUAGACCCAGGUACACCGAGACCGCACAACGAGGAAGUGAAGAAGAGACGAAUAACACCGAAAUCCGUCUUCAUAGCACCAGCUUUUUCUGGGACUUCCCAUCUUCCAGACUGCGCCGAAGGAUAUAGGCCCGAUUCAAUGGGUCGAUGUGUUAAGUUGGUACAACUGAACCAUGCAGCACAGUUGGAUUUCCUUCUGCAAAGACUUAAUGCAAUGUAUGCAACUCCUGUGAUUCAUCGUGGCCAUGAGGAUCAUUCUGCCUCUGAUUCCAGUUCAACAGGACCUCUUCAGGUGUCAAUACCGAUCGAUAUCCCACCGGAACCGGAAGAAGUAACAAAAGAAUCAGUAGAAGUCGCUGUUGUAAUGGCGGAUGUUUUGAAAGACAGCAGACCCAAGAACAGCAAUAAAACAGAUAAAACACAAGAGUCACAGACUAUCGUAGCUGUACUGAAUGUUGGCAAGAACGGAACUUCUCUUGAGGACAUGGAUGAGGAACAGUUCAUUUCAACACCAACCUCGGUUCUCCUGUCGGAAGAGAGUGACCAGACGUUAACAGAGCCGACUAAGGCACCUGAUUCAGCCAUGGGGUUAUCAGAGGAAGUUGGCAACAUGAGUCCCGAAGAUGGACGAUCAAGAAAUACAAGUCGAAGGAACGUGUCUGUAGACGAAAAGGUGAGAAAAGAAGCAACAACUGAAACAGUUACGAUAAUUGCAGAACCAUUUGUAGUUGGUGCGACUGAUACUAAAGACAAUAGGAACACGACCAGUGAAUGUUUAUCGCAGACGAGUGUUCAGGUUAGAAAUAAAUCAAAAACAAACGCGCUGUCCACAUCAACAUAUAAACCAAGUACGUUUGUGAGAUUUCCAGCUGAAAAGAGUUCUGUUGCUGGUAAUAAUGUGGUGUUAUCGAACACAGUUUAUGCUGAUGAUAUGAGACAUGCUAUAAAUUUCUCACAGACACACUUUGAUUAUUCGAGGCCAUGGCCUAUGUUACCUAGUGACGUUCACCAAAGGCAGACAUAUUGGUGGUUACCUGCAGGAUGGCGAUUAGACCCAACAAGGCAUCAACCAAUGUUGAUUCGAUUUUGGGCUCGGAUGCCUUUAUUACGCGACGACUACAGUGGUACCACUUAUAGCCACCAGGAUACGCAUAAAAGCCGGAGACGCGGCCCUCUGGUAUACUAGAAAUUUGUGUUCUAGGGUUCUAUACAAGAAAUUGAAUGGAUUCACGAGAAGACUUCCUCUAGGGAUAUUAAUUUCUGUAGACGAAAUUAAGACAAUGAGCAUAUACUCAUGUAUAUAUGAAACAUAUAGGUGUUCUUUACCAUUAGCUUUCUCGAACUACGGCAGCUAGUGAGUAAACUAUAAAUUCUGUUAAGACAGAAAUGAAAAAAAGAAAAAGCUGUAAUGUUUGAUCAUCAUUAAAGAAUGACUUUUUAUAUGAACAUUGUAAAUUAUAUCUCAGUGUCGUCUACAGUGUCCGACUCUAGUCUAACUGAAUGUGGUGGGAAGUGAAAACAGCGUGGAGGGAAAAUGCAAGUAUCUGCCAUGCAUCGCAAUCUGAUGAGGACCCCAGACAGGGCUGGAUACCAAGACAACGCGGGUCGGUCAAGGGAUUGGGCACGAUGCAUACAGAACCCAAAACACUAGGAUUACCAAUUGCCAAAUAAUGGCCACUGAUCUUCCUUUUUUUUUUUUUUUUUGCUUUUCUCAAAACCAAAUUUGGCUCUGUCCCGCUUAGGUUUUCAUAAGAAAAUAAGUGCGUUUUUUUUUUCUCCCAUAUUUCGAGAGUAAUUUGCAGGUUAUAUUCCGACCGUUGUUCAAAUUCAUGUUACUGAUUGUAACAAAACCGGGGUUAUCUCAGUGUGAAGGGGAAAACUCUUUACCCCUUUUCCUACUAAUUUUACACAGUGUUGCCCUUUCUUCCUAGCGAAAAUUAUUCAAUAGUGCUGACUGCUUAGCUUUCCAAAAGGCUGUUGUUUCCGAACAGAAACUGGUUAAUUGAAUUAUCGACUGAGGGUAGACGCCUUGUUCUGGGGUAAGAGAGAUUCUGUAUGAAAGUGCAUCAGAACACGCUUCAUCGGCCAUGAAUAUCGGAUUUCGUCAGAGAAGAGCCGCUAACAAUAAUAUUGUUAUUUAGUGAUUGUGAAACUUUGAAGUGCUUUAAUUGUAUGAUCAGUUGUGGUACGGUUUCGCAGAGAUUCAAGUGAUCAGUUAUACGUAUCAGCAUGGAGACGCAGAAGUAUGUGAACUGAUGUUCUUAAUGUAUCCAAGGCGGAGCUUGGACUGAUGAUCACUUCAUCACAAUUUAAACAGAUAUAAUUACUUGAACGCCGCGUUCCGAGAUGAACGAUAUUAUUGUUUAUUAGUUCUGUAGGCGUGUAAACUAUUUAAUUGUCUAUAUAAUAAAAUAUGUAACUGUAAA